AUGACGAUGCUUUUAAGCAGGCCGGAGCAGUGGGAUAAAGAUGAUGACAUUGAAGAAGGGGAUCUUCCCGAACACAAGAGGCCUCCAGCACCAAUAGAUUUCUCAAAAAUUGAUCCAGGCAAGCCUGAAAGUAUCCUGAAGCUGACAAAAAAGGGGAAGACUCUGAUGAUGUUUGUCACGGUGUCGGGAAAUCCCACAGAAAAGGAGACAGAAGAAAUUACUAGCCUGUGGCAGGGCAGUCUCUUCAAUGCAAACUAUGAUGUGCAAAGGUUUAUUGUUGGCUCAAAUCGUGCCAUCUUCAUGCUACGUGAUGGUGGUUAUGCCUGGGAGAUCAAAGACUUUCUGAUAAAUCAAGAAAGGUGUGCAGAUGUUACUCUGGAAGGUCAGGUUUAUCCUGGCAAAGGAGCAGGAGACAGUGAGAAAGUGAAAAACAAAACAAAACCUGAAAAAGCAAAGAAGAAAAAAGAUGGAGACAAGAAAUCUAAUGGUGUCAAAGAGGACAACCGAGCAACCAAACAGAAAGAGGAGCUAUGACAGAUGUGUUAACCAGACUGAAUGCUGCUCUGCUGUUCCUUGAAGGGAAACUAAAUCUCCAUACAAUUCCUGGCUUUAUUGGGG